AUGGCAGAAGGCCGUCGGUCUGCACGCGCAUGCGACGAAUGUCGUCGCUUGAAGGAAAAAUGCGAAGGAGGAAUCCCCUGUCGACGAUGCGCCCAUUUCCGACGUCCCUGUGAAUCCAAAGCCCUCGCAUCCCGCGCCCGAGAUUUUCGCGUUUACGUCCCCAGGCGAGUUCAUCUGCCAUCUGGGCACAACGGCACGCUAAUUAUUCACCGCAGAACACGGCCAGCCAAGUCUGAGGUACAGGAGUUGCUGGACCGAUGCAGGUACAUGGAGCAAAUCUUGAAGCAUACAAUUGAGGGCAUCGAGCUCGACACCAAGAGCCUUGCCCGUCUGGCCAACUCCUUUACUACCAGCAAAGGCUCAGAUCAUACAGAAGUCACUAGUCCGGCUGGGCUCGCUCUGGAGGAAGAGGACUGUACUAUCGAUCCGGUUGGUGACACCACUACGCACUUCUCGGGAGAAUUCUCCUACUGGAACUUUUCUAUGCGCAUCAAGCAGCGCAUCCAAAGUCGCAUGCGGACCAAGAGCCCCGACCGUGUUUCAGGAUACUGGCGAGCCCAACAUCUCAAGACCAACGAACACUUAUCAGCAGCGCUGGCAUGCUUUCCCCCUCGUCCGAUUACUGGCUUCCUUGUCAAGACCUUUCUCAAAUAUGCCGCCACACAUUGGUUUCUGGUAGAUGAAGACUGGCUGUUGGACCGCGUCCACCGACUAUACACGGACCCCGCGAGUCUCGGAGACACGGCUGCCGCUGUCGCCAGCAUUCUGCUCUCUGUGCUCGCGAUCGGAACUCAGUACGCUCAUUUGGAGUCCCCUAGUGAUCGAGAUCCCAAGAAUCAGACGUCCUUCUCCGAGGAAGAUAUCGGGGUGCGAUUCUAUGAACAGUCUAUCAGACUAUUACCGGAAAUAAUCGAGCUGUCCUGCUUGGAGAGCGUACAGGCAUGUCUACUACUCGGAUUCUAUGCUCUUCCAGUGGAUGCCUCUGGGCUUGGUUACAUUUACGUGAAUCUGGCGGUCCGUCUGGCGAUGCAGAACGGCAUGCAUCGGAAAUGCCGCCGGAAUGCGUUCAGCCCGGUCAUGAUGGAGACGCGGAACCGGGUCUGGUGGACCGCGUAUUCCUUGGAGAGGUUAAUCUCGAUCUUCCACGGACGCCCCUUGUCCGUGCAUCGCGGGGAUGUGGAUGCAGACCUCCCCCAGGCUCGUGCCGACAUGGGCCAGACACAGUCCGCCUGGAGCCCGCAGUGUGCAGUUAUUUCCAUUCAGAUGCUUGACUGGCUGGAGGAAUUUCUCCAUGACAUAUCCCGUCUGAGACACGCCCAACCAGCAGGGCUGCCAGUCGUCAUAGGCCAGCUAAUAGCCCGCAAAGAGUCCUGGAAUCGCUGGUGGGCAGGCAUCUCUGACACGCUCGUCAACCCAGUCCAGGUGGGACAGCAACCGAAUCGCGCCGUCAUGCACCUGUGUUUGGAAUCAUGUCUGCUGCGUAUGUUCAUCGGCCGCCCAUUUCUUCUCCGCAAGGAGUCUGCUGCCCAUCCGAAUGCGAAUCCCCGGGUGUCUUCGGAGGAAUCGUACUUCCAGCCUUCCGACCGAGACAGUCUCAUCGGCGAUUGCAUCCAAGCGGCUCAGGAGGCAUUGGAGAUCUGUCGCCAGCUGCGCGAUCACGGACCAGGGCUCGCACGAGCGUCCUAUCUGGAGUACAGCGCGUGUCGAGCCGCCCUGUUGGUGCUCAUCGCAUUCUCCGUGCAGAAUCUGUCAGACGCCUUGCGCCAGCCCAUGCGGGAGGGACUCGCGUUGCUCCGGGAGAUGUCCGCAGCAGGUGAUUCUGCACGAUCGGAGGUAUCCCUACUUGAAGCAUUGGAGAGAUCCCUCGCGCGUCUACACACAGUAGCCCAGCGACCGGAGCCCGCUUCGGAAUCUACGGGCCUGGUAUCUGACUACGAAGCCUUUCGAAACUGGGGAACAACGUGCAAAAAACCUGCAUCCGAAGCGGCCCCACCGCACCCUGACACAGUCGAGCCGUGGACGGUUCCGCUGGACGGAAUGGAUCAGCUGCCCCCGUUUGAUCCAACCCUGGAUCUCUCCAUCUUCGGCGGUGCCAAUCUAUCGCCGUCGGCGACCUGGCCCACCCGCACAGAGACCCAAGUGCUGGAAGAGUUCCUGGCCGGGUCGAGUUUAGAUCCGAUCUGGACGCAUGUUGAUCUUCCAUAG